UCUGAAGAGGACUUGCAACUGAAACAGAACCUGGAGCUCUAUGUUGAGAGUGUUCAAGACCCUAAUCUUGAACUGCAGAAGGCUGCUCUCGAAAGCAUGAGGCAGGAGAUCCGUGCCUCAACAAGCUCCAUGACGUCGGUUCCAAAACCCCUCAAGUUUCUCCGUCCUCACUAUGGAACUCUUAAGGAGUUUCAUAAAAAUAUGGUGGAGUCCGAUCUCAAGAAAUUGCUGGCUGAUAUACUAUGUCUGUCUUGGCACUGAUCAUGUCUGCUGAGGGUCAAAGGGAAAGCUUAGGAUACAGGUUGACUGGAUCAGAGGGUGACAUCGGAUCUUGGGGUCACGAGUAUGUCAGGAAUUUGGCCGGUGAGAUUGCAGAAGAGUAUACAGUUCGUCAGGGGAGCCUCAGUCAGGACUCUAGGGAAAAAUAUUGGAGCCAAAGAUACAGCCUCAAGGAGACUUCCAGAAAUUUUAGUAAAUAGUUAAUCUAGAUGAAGCUACGGUGAAAGUUACCUCAAGGUGCGGAAGUAAUUCUAGAUCUAGAUGAAGCUACGGUGAAAGAGAUGAGAAAGCAAGAGGAGAUUGCUAAAGCCAAGCUAGCCAUGGAAAAGAAAAAGAAGCUGGCAGAGAAAGCCGCUGCUAAAGCUGCCAUAAGAGCUCAAAAGGAAGCUGAGAAGAAAGAACAAAAGGAGCGAGAGAAGGCGGCCAAGAAGAAGACAGGAGGCAGCAACGCAUACGAGGCCAUCUCUGAGGAAGUUCCAGAAGCUUCUGAGGCUGAGAAGGAGGAGAUUGAAGCUCCAGUGGAGGAGAAACCAAAGAAGGAAAAGAAAGUCUUGAAGGAGAAACCAAUAAGGAACAGGAUCCGCAAUAGAGGAGGACCGGAAACACUCCCGAGACCAAUGCUCAAGCGUAAGAAGCAGACUAACUACAUGGUUUGGGCUGCUCCAGCUGCUGUUGUGGUACUAAUGCUUCUUGACUUGGGUUACUACUACGUUUUCUAGAUUAAGGGAAGCUGCGUUUGCUGUAGUUUGGGUCUUUUUAAAGCUUUCUUUUGAGGAGGAGACUCUUUAAAACUUAUGUCUCAUUUACAUACUGAGUAGAGACUCUUCCCUUUUUAAAUACUUUUUUACAUUUCACUUAUGUAUAUAUAAAUCCAAAAAUAGAAAAUGGUAGUUAAUUAAAAGGUUACAAUUUUAAAAA